CAUAUAUAACCCAUGGAAAUGCAUUUACAUUAUUUAUCUAUCCAAAAAUACCCAAUCAAACACUUAAUUAGAUUCACUUCACUUGCUGACAACACUUAAAAAAGCUUAUCAAAGAAAUGGAUGUUUUCUCUCACUUUUCUGACCCACUUCCUUUUGGGUUUGAUUCUUGCUGGUCAAAUUUAGUAUGUUCUCCAGUUUCGGAUGGUACAAGUGCUCCUCGUGCUAAUUUCUCUGAUGAAGAAGUCAUGUUAGCUUCCAGUUAUCCCAAGAAGCGUGCAGGCAGAAAGAAGUUUAGAGAGACCAGACAUCCCGUUUAUCGUGGAGUUCGCAGGAGGAAUUCAGGGAAAUGGGUCUGUGAAGUUAGAGAGCCCAAUAAGAAAUCAAGAAUUUGGUUGGGCACUUUCGCCACCGCUGAAAUGGCCGCCCGUGCCCAUGAUGUGGCGGCACUAGCUCUUAGAGGAAGGUCUGCUUGUUUGAAUUUUGCUGACUCAUCUUGGCGGCUCCCAGUACCAGCUUCUAUUGAUCCGAAGGAUAUUCAAAAGGCGGCAGCAGAGGCCGCCAAGGCGUUUGGGCCAAUGGAGACAGAAGGGUUUCCUUGGGAUGAGUCAAAGCAGGAAAGUAACGCGGUGACACCAUCAGAAGAGGUGGUUUCGGAGAACGUGUUUUAUAUGGAUGAGGAGACUGUUUUUGGAAUGCCUGGAUUGCUAACAGAUAUGGCAAAGGCCAUGCUAUUGUCUCCGCCUCAUUGCCUUGCAGAGAAUAGGGAGGAGGUAGAAACAGAUGAUGCAACAGAUGUGUCUCUCUGGAGCUUUUCUAUAUAAAUGGAUAUUAUUGGUUUAAGAGUCUAAAUCAAAGUGUUUAUCAUCCAUCAGGCAAGGUAGGAUUAAGAAGCAGUACUAUAUUAUUGUUCCGUACAUAAUAUUUUUUUGAUUAGUACGGUCAUAUGUUUCUCGAAGAACAAAGGGCUUGCGCGUGCGUAAGACUGAAAGAGAUGUAUUAUGGAAAGUUAGUGAUUUGGGCAUUAUGGUUAAGUGAAACCAUAUGCUAUUUGCUAUAUAUGUAUACAUAUUAUGAAUUUAGAGAGGCCAGUGUACGUAUUGAUGGGGAAGCUUUUGGUAUGUAAGUUCGGAUAAUGUAUAUUAUGCAUAUUUCCAAUCCAGCCCUCCUACUUUGAACAUACUCCACCUUCCAACUCUGUGGCUACCAUGUACUAACUUGUUUUCGAAACAGGACAGUUCUAAAAAUGAUAUGGAAACGUACUCUUUAUCUUU